UUAACUGCGUUGAAAAGUUUAUUUUAUCAAAUGAGAAUGAUCGUUGAAAAGUAGUGUUAAAAAAAAGGAAAAAUAUAAUAUUUAAAUAAAAUAUAUUAAGUGUAUUGAUAUCGCAUUAUCUAAAGCACUUGAAUUAUGAAUAAUUUGAUGGAAAUAACCAAUUGGGGUGAUGAUGCAGACUACGGUUGCAAUAACAUAACAAAAAAGUCAUUAUUUAUGAAUAAUACAUAUAAUGGUAUACCAGAAACGCUGAUUGUUAACACACUAUGGUGGGUUCUAUUAAUUUUGCUCUUUGCCACACUACGACAUCAGGCAGGUGAUUAUGGUCGUUUAGCGCUAGUAAAUAGUAAUGGAAAUAAGAAACGUUGGACAGAGCUAUUUUAUUCACGCGGCAAUAGCCUCAUCGAUACGCCAAUGCAAACAACACCUCAACCUUCUACAAGUCGUGAUGAGCCACGGAGUAGUAUUCAUUCAGGUUCUACCGAUCACACACCACUCUCACCUAUACACUACGAUCAAGGCUUUUUGAGUUGGAUCAAAAUAACAUUCAAACUACGUAAAGAACAAAUACUAAUGCAUACCGGACCCGAUGCAGUGCAUUACUUAUCAUUUCAACAACAUUUGAUGGUGGUGAUGGGUAUAGUAACUGCCGUUUCUAUGAUUGUCAUUUUCCCCAUCAACUUUUUCAAUGGUACCAACGAGUAUGGUAUUAAUGCUUUUGGACGUACAACAAUGUCGAACUUAUCUCCCGACUCGUCUUGGUUGUGGGUGCAUGUCAUAGUUAGUAUAGCCUACGUGCCAUUGAUUGUGUUGAUAAUGCGCCGCGCUUCCGGGCGUAAUGCAUUUAAAAAAGCUGCUACUCGGACCAUUAUGAUAACGAAUAUUUCAUCGAGUGACCGUAACAGAACAAUUAUACGUAAUUACAUACAGGAGCUAUUUCCCGACGUUUGUAUUGAGGAUGUUCAAAUUGCUUACAAUAUAUCAAAAUUAAAUGUACGAAAUGAAGAAUAUGAGAAGGUUUUGGAUGCUCGACUCUAUUGCGAGCAUCAUCGUGAUCGUGAUUCUCUGCAGGUAAGACCAGAAUUGUGCUCAUGUAAAAAGGAGAACGCAUACGAAUAUUACCAGAGAGAAGAACGUAAGCUCUCCGGGGACGUAGCACGCCUCCGAGCUUCUGCCUUGAAUGAACCACUGAAUAUAGCAUUUUUGACUUUAUCAAAUGUAAUGGAGGCACAAAAUGUUGUGAGCCACUUUACGCCUGGUACGUAUCGACGCUGGACACUAACAUUUGCACCCUCGCCUGACGACAUUUUUUGGGAGAAUCUUAAUGUGAACAAAAGUCAUUGGUACGUAAAAUGGACAAUCGUUAACGUGGCACUCUUCGUCGUACUAUUCUUUUUGACUACUCCUGCUAUUAUUGUCAAUAUGCUAGACAGCAUUGCAUUGUUAAAAGGUAACACUAUAUCUCCGCUUGUAUCCGAAUUUUUGCCAACACUUAUGCUCUGGACGCUAUCAGUACUGCUGCCAGUUCUCGUUGCAUUUUCCGAUAAAUGGAUGUCGCACUACACACGUUCGUUACAAAACUAUUCCAUUAUGAUGAAAUGCUUCGGAUAUUUACUAUUUAUGAUUUUAAUUUUACCAUCAUUGGGACUUACUUCGGCUCAAGCUCUAUUACAAUGGUCCAUCAACAAUAGUACUACGCGUUGGCAGUGCGUUUUCUUACCUGAUCGGGGCUCAUUUUAUGUUAAUUAUGUGAUUACAGCAGCUUUCAUUGGUACUUCACUUGAGCUUCUGCGUUUCCCUGAGCUAAUCGUCUACAUUUGGAUGUUAAUAACAGCUAAAUCUAAGGCUGAAACGCCAUAUAUACGUAAAUCAAUUUUGAUUGAAUUUCCAUUUGGUACGCAUUAUGCUUGGAGUGUGCUGGUUUUCACCAUUUCAAUUGUAUAUAGUGUGUUUUGUCCACUAAUAAUGCCGUUUGCUAUGAUAUAUAUUUGUUUAAAACAUUUUGUCGACCGACAUAAUCUAUACUUUGCAUACGGACCAUCAAAUAUGAUCUCACGAAAUGGUGGGAAAAUACAUUCUACGGCUGUAACGAUGACUAAAUUUUCUGUUGUUAUUCUUUUACUUGUGAUGGCCAUGAUUUCGGCUGUACGUGGAAACGGAAUGGCUCGUGGAAUUUUCUUAAUUGUUGCCUUAAUUGUCACGCUGACUUUGUUUACAUUUAUGUCACCGAUCAAACGUUGUACAUCAGCUCGCCGUCCUAGUAUUGUUGAAAUGGAUGAGCCUGCUCCAGUAUAUAUAGCUGAGGUACUAAAAAAACGUCCAGAUAUAAGGGGUAAUGUGCCGCCACGCAAUUUAAAUGGCGUUGGAUCUAAUGGCCACGCAGGAUAUGGCUCAGAUAGCGUUUCAGAUUUUGAGAUAAGCUCUCAAUGUAGUGUAAAUAGUAUAGAAGCAUAAAAAGUAAUAUUUUUUGUAUUUUAAAUUAUUAGUAUUUACUUUCGAUUGUAUAUACAAUGAUUAUUAAAAAAAUUAUUAAUUAUAGCUUGAGAAUACAUUGGGAUAGACGCCGUCAUUAUUUUGAUUUUUUUUUAUAUAGUCUGGAAAGAGAGAAAUGCUAAAAUA